AUUUCAUCAGUCAAGAUGGCGACCGAACCCAUGCUGAACCCGAACCCGCAUCUGGCGAAACAAGAUUUAGAAAAUCUCGAUGCUUCCACAUUAAAUCCUCUAUCCCCAGAAGUCAUAAGUCGACAAGCCACAAUCAAUAUAGGAACUAUUGGUCAUGUGGCUCAUGGAAAGUCCACUGUAGUGAAAGCCAUCUCUGGAGUUCAGACUGUCCGCUUCAAGAAUGAGCUGAUCAGGAAUAUCACAAUUAAGCUGGGAUAUGCAAAUGCAAAGGUCUACAAAUGUGAUAAUCCAGCGUGUCCCCGUCCUGGUUGCUACAGGUCAGCAGGCAGCAAUAAGGAAGAUGUAUUUCUCUGUGAUCGACAAGGCUGCAACGGCAAAUUCAAACUGUUAAGGCACGUUUCUUUUGUUGAUUGCCCCGGUCACGACAUUCUUAUGGCAACUAUGUUAAACGGAGCUGCUGUAAUGGACGCAGCCCUUCUUCUUAUCGCUGGUAAUGAGUCCUGUCCCCAGCCCCAGACCUCUGAGCAUCUCGCUGCUAUUGAGAUUAUGAAGCUCAAGCAUAUACUGAUCUUACAGAAUAAGAUUGACUUGGUCAAGGAGACCCAGGCCAGGGAACAGUACGACCAAAUCCUCAGAUUCGUCCAAGGGACAGUAGCAGAGGGUGCACCUAUCAUCCCGAUCUCUGCCCAGCUCAAGUACAACAUUGAAGUCAUCUGUGAAUACAUCACAAAGAAAAUCCCAAUUCCUAUCAGGGACUUCACAUCUGAACCUCGACUAAUUGUGAUCCGAUCUUUCGAUGUAAACAAACCAGGAAGUGAAGUCAAGGACCUUAAAGGAGGCGUGGCUGGAGGCAGUAUACUAAGGGGGGUGCUUCGGGUUGGCCAAGAAAUUGAAGUCAGACCUGGUAUUGUGUCUGAGGAUAAUGAAGGCAAGCUGCAGUGUAGACCUAUAUUCUCCAAAAUCAUCUCACUGUUUGCUGAAAAGAAUGAUCUUCAGUUUGCUGUCCCUGGUGGGCUCAUUGGUGUGGGUACCAAGAUUGAUCCAACACUGUGCCGAGCUGAUCGCCUUGUUGGCCAGGUCUUAGGUGCAGUAGGAGCUCUACCAGAAAUCUAUACAGAGUUGGAGAUCUCAUACUUUUUGCUUCGACGUCUGCUGGGUGUACGGACAGAGGGAGACAAGAAGGCAGCCAAGGUUCAAAAAUUGAGUAAAAGUGAAGCCCUGAUGGUCAACAUUGGAUCUCUCUCAACUGGUAGUCGAGUUCUAGCGGUCAAAGCUGAUUUGGCAAAAAUUGUGCUGACCAAUCCAGUGUGCACAGAAAUUGGAGAAAAGAUUGCACUGAGCAGACGAGUAGAAAAACAUUGGAGGUUGAUUGGAUGGGGACAAAUCCGAAAAGGAAUUACAAUCAAGCCAACAGAGUCAUGAAGGGUGCCUGCAAUGUAUGUCACCCCUCUUCUUUCCAUACUCAUUGCACCUGUUACUUUUAUUCAUACACAACCAUGGAGAUGCUUUCUAACAUCAACUCUCAUUUUGCUUUGUUUGCCUCGUGUCAAGGAAUAUUAUAGUCCGUCAUUUCAAUUACAUCAAAAUGGUGUAUAAAUAUGAGCUAUUAAUGUUAAAGCAAUGGCUUUGGUUAUACUUUUAUUUGGUACAAACUAAUGACUACAGCAUCAAAGCCAUAGUUAUAUACCUGUACAUGUUUAUAGACCGAUCCAUUAAGCCUUGCCUAACACAGCAACUGCAAAGAAAUGGGCCGUUCCACAAUAUUUACCUCCUUGACAAUAGUGCAAUUUUGUUCAAAGUUGUUGGCCCUUUAUGGUGCUGAUUGAUCAAUGUAUCAAUAGCAGUUCUUAAUGGAUCAGUCUUAAAUCGGAUUUAGAAUGGUUAAGUGCCAAUUAUUCAAUAUUAUUACUCAUAUUGAUGUUGAUAAUAAUCCUUUUGCUGUAUCUAAUUUACAUGCUAUUUUUGUUCCCUGCCUUUAACUAACAGCGUUGAUCAAUGCAUACAUUGAUAUUCCUUAACCAUACCAAAUUAAGUAAUUUUUGGUGCAGUGGCAAUAAUCAGGUUUGAGGCAAAAGCGCUGAUGCAGGACUAAAAGCUGAAUCACGUUACUUUGUCCUUCGCUGUAGCCAGUGGCUUCAGUGACAAUAAAAUACAAGACUUUUCCAGUAAUGUGGUCAUAGCCACUUCCAAAGCUAUCAAGGGAUAUAGCGAUACUUGGUUACAACUUCUUGUAUACAUUGGUUCAUCAUACUUUAUCAAAAGAAGAGCUUUUUGAGAGGGAAAAUAUUUACUUAAACCUAAAUCUAUGACUGUGUAUCUGCCUCGAGUAUGUUCAUUUGACAUUUGUAACUACCUGAUAUGUGUUCCCUUUUCGUUGAAAGAGUACUUCAUUUAUUAUUACAUGUGAAUGUUCUAUAGCUUUUGCCACCCACCUCUGGCUUAAUAUUGUAAGUUGCAUUUGUGAUGAACCAUGUCAGAAAUACAAUAAAACAUAAGUAGAUCAAUGGA